AUUCAUGAUACAGACUUUCUGUAAAAACGUUUUGGUGUCUUGCAAAAUCAAAAUUAAGUGUGUCUGUCAAAACUCUUCAGUUUUCUGACACAUAGAUAGAUUCUGGUGCAGGCCGUCUUCCAUUGUAUCAUAUCCUCUGUGAUCAGAAAUUGUAUUCUUCUGAUCGGAAAUUCACCACACAGUUAGAAACUAAAUACUGAACAUAGUCAAGUCUUUCACCUAGUCAACAUGAAACUUUUCCUGCACAAUAUACUAACUUCACGUGUGCUAAAGGCUGUGAAAGUGGGAUACCCCUUGAAACUCAAAGCAAAGGAAAUAAAAGUAUCUACAGUCGACUAUGAUCCAUCGUCGGUUGCACGCUUGAUUCCGAAAGUUGAGUGGUCUGUUGUAAAAUCAGUAGCAGAUGAAAUUGGUGAAGAUUAUAUUCCCUGUUUGCCUGAAGAAGUUCCUUCUAACUACUCAGAGAACGAGGAAUUCUUGAAAUUGGCUCACAAAGCGCUACUUGAAGUUGACAUCAUGGAGGGUGUAUUGGUCUGCCCAGAAACUGGUCGUGAAUUCACUAUUUCACAUGGGAUCCCAAAUAUGUUGGUUAAUGAGGGUGAAUGAAUUUCUGUAUCGCUUCGUCCUGUAAAUUUUACCUGUAUAAUAAACGAGAUUUAAUCUAA